AUGACGGACUUCUCUCUGAUUGAGGCUAAGCGAGUCGCGUCGCCGGACUCUCGUCUGUCCUCCCAUCUGGAUUGCUGCUCCCUGCAUUCUUCUCCGUGCCCCCCGCAGUCCACCACCGCCAGCGUGACCCCCCCUCUCUCGAAUAUCUCGUCUUCGUCAUCUCAUCCAUCUUCCGCGUCAUCUUCUUCGUCUUCUCUGCCGGUCUCCCCUCCGGCCUCCUCUGUCUCCGUCCCCUCGGCGCAAUUCACCCCCGAUCGAGUCCUCGUAACAGUAGGCACGACACGUUUUGACGAGCUGAUCGCCGCGGUUCUAGAGCCUCGUUUUCUCCUUCUCCUUCUUUCUUUUGGCUGCCAGCAGCUGGUGCUUCAAAUCGGCAGAGGAGAACGGCCUUCGUUCCCUGGCAUCCCUUCCUCUGUACCGUUCCGGCUAUCUUCGCAGUCGCCCUCUCUCACCCCUCGUUCGUCUGCGCCGUCGACGCUCCCUGACGCCGCUUCUCUGAGUCGCAGAGGCGCCGCGAGGGGGGGCGAACGAGGCGGAGACAAGCACGUGGCUGCAGAGCUCAGGUGUUGUCGCGAGGCGGACGCGUUGCCCUCUUGUUUUUGCUCGGGCUCUUGUGUGAUGGAAGGGCUCACGGCGUGUAUUUCAGCGGACAACGACUCUGGCAGCUUUCGAAUUUCUCAAUCGUGCCUGCUUUCCCUUCUUCAGCAAGAGAGCGAUCUCCACCACCCUGCCGGCCGUGGUACGGGGCUCUCCGCUCCUUCUUCGGGCAUUCUUCCGCCUGCGCUCGGCGCUGCUCCCCGCACUCUCUCGGUCUCGUACUUUCGUUUUCGGCCGUGUCUAGACGCCGAGCUGGAGGCGGCAUCGCUCGUCAUCUCGCACUGCGGCGCGGGGACGGUUUUCCAGGCGCUGCGCCGCGGGAAGAGACUCGUCGCAGUCGUCAACGCCUCGCUGAUGAACAAUCACCAGCUGGAACUUGGGUGCGAGCUUGCCAGGCGAUCGCACUGCCUGCUGGUUGCCUCUCUGUCGUCGGAGCAUCAGCGUUCCCCAGGGUUGCAAGCUGCGCCGGCGCACUCUCUCGCCCUGCCCAGCGGCUUUGCCUGGCUGUGGGGCUGGGUCCGGUGUGCGGGAGAAGAAAAGCGAGAUCGGCACCACAAGAAAGAAGGCGAACAGCGCUGCGAGCUGCAGACGGCCGUCUACAAGAUCUGCGGGGCUACGUGGGCUUGCGCGCCCGCCGAGGGCGCAGCGUCGCCCUCGAGAGAAGAGACGGAGAAGAGGGCGCGUGAAGGAGAGACAGCCCAGGAGUCCGGGGGGGGGGCCUUCAGCGGCCUGGCGGCUUUGCUUCAGCCGAUAAGAAGCGAGGGAGGGAGAAACGGAGAGGCAGAAGAGCGCCGGGGAGGCAGAGAAGAGCAAAACGAGCAGCGCCGACAGCGCGCCUGCUCCAGCUCAGCGACGGCAGACCGGGAAGGGACAGACGAGGCGCGUCAAGAACCGGGGGACUCACAGAAGCCACUGCGUCUCGUUCCGCUUCCCCCAGCGGAUUUGCGCGGCUUCUACGCCGCAGUCGAGGCCGUCGCGGGCUUGCAUCCCCUGUACGGAGACCGGCGGGAUCGGUAG